AUGAGCCUGGAGAAUGAUGACAAGCGGGCUCGCACGCGCUCCAAGGCUCUCCGAGGACCCCCGGACACAGCAGGCCCAGACCUCAGCUGCCCCACUCCAGGAUGCACGGGCUCAGGCCACGUUCGGGGCAAAUACUCCAGGCACCGCAGCUUGCAGAGCUGCCCUCUGGCCAAGAAGAGGAAGCUGGAGGGCUCUGAGGCUGAGCACCUGGGGUCCAAGAGGAAGUCCCAGCCCCUGGGGCUGGCGCUGGGUGCAGGCGAUGGCGCAGACAGCGAGAGCAGCGAGGACCCCGAGGUGAAGGCUGCCUCUGUUUCGGGAGAAUCGGACGGAACCCCAGAGGAGGCUGUGGCCAGGCUGCCUGGGCAGGAGCAGAUUCAUCGUCUGGAGCCAGCUGCAGGGAGGAGCCCCCUCAAGUCCCAUUUUGGACCCAAGCCUGGCAGCAGCCCCCCCAGCUCCUCCAAGGGUGGCUGCAGCAGCUACCAGGGGGUCAUCGCAGCAUCUCUCCUUACCCUUGGCCAGAUCCCGGAGGAGACCUUGGGUGGGGAAGACCCAGGCCUGGGGGCCAGGCAGGGCCCGGCUGUGGCGCGGCUGCUUCAGGAGGGAGCCGACAAGGGACAGAAGGGCCUCUUCGUCCGAGCAGGAGCUGUAGGAGAGGCCCUUGAGGUCAAUGAUCUGCACAGCCAGGAGCCCCAGCCGCAAGCCCUAGAGGAGGUGACCAGAGAGGUGUCCAGCCAGCAGAAGGGUCCCCAGGAAGAGGAUGAGGAUGACGAUGAAGACGAGGAUGAGGAGGAGGAGGAGGAGGAGGAAGAUGGCAUGGAGGAGGAAGAGGAAGAAGAGGAUUUAGAGGAAGAGGAGGAAGAGGAUGAGGAGGCAGCGACAGCCUCUGAUGUGAUAUUUGAGGAUGCCACUUCCUGCACCUCUGCCCAGAAGGGCCUGGAACCAGCCAGCCCUAAGCCGGAAUAUUCUGUCCUGGUGGAGGUCCGCUCGGAUGAUGACAAGGAUGAGGAUGCACGCUCCCCACGGUCGGCUGUCACGGAUGAGUCUGAGCUAUAUGAUGUGCUGACCCGUGGGAACCUGGGCCUCCUGGAGCAGGCCAUCGCCCUGAAAGCCGAGCAGGUGCACGAGCCAGGCAGUCCCCGUUCUGAACAGGGUCCCCCGGGACCGGGAGAGGCAGGAAAGGCAGCCAAGUCCCUGGAUGCCAUGCGCAAGAGCUACUAUAAUAAAGAUCCUUCGAGAGCUGAGAAGCGGGAGAUCAAGUGCCCAACACCCGGCUGUGACGGCACUGGGCACGUGACGGGGCUGUACCCGCACCACCGCAGCUUGUCUGGCUGCCCCCACAAGGACAGGAUCCCCCCGGAGAUCCUGGCCAUGCAUGAGAAUGUGCUGAAGUGCCCGACCCCUGGCUGCACAGGUCAAGGCCAUGUGAACAGCAACCGCAACACACACAGGAGCUUGUCUGGCUGUCCUAUUGCCGCUGCGGAAAAGUUAGCCAAAACCCACGAGAAGCCGCCACCGCAGCCGGGAGAGUCCCCCAAGAGCGGCUCCAGCUCUGAUCGGAUCCUCAGGCCCAUGUGCUUUGUGAAGCAGCUUGAAGUCCCUCCAUACGGGAGCUACCGGCCCAGCAUGGCCCCCGCCACCCCAAGAGCCAACCUGGCCAAGGAGCUGGAGAAGCUCUCCAAGGUUACCUUUGACUACGCAAGUUUCGAUGCUCAGGUUUUUGGCAAACGUGUGCUUGCCCCAAAGAUUCAGACCAGUGAAACCUCACCCAAAGCCUUUCAAUCCAAACCCUUACCAACGGCCUCCUCCCCAGGGCACAGCCCAUCCAGCAGCUGUGCAAGGACCACCUCAUCCUCUUCCACAGGCUUCGACUACUCGCAUGACGCUGAGGCUGCGCACAUGGCUGCCACCGCUAUCUUAAACCUCUCCACCCGCUGCUGGGAGAUGCCCGAGAACCUCAGCAUGAAACCCCAGGACCUGCCCGGCAAGGCUGGAGACAUCGAGGUGGAUGAGAAUGGGACUCUGGACCUGAGCAUGAAUAAGCACCGGAGACGUGAGCACGCUGUCCCCAGCAGCAGUAGCAGCAGCAGCAGCCCCGGUGUCCGAUCGCCUGAUGUUGGCCAGCGUCCGGGCAGCACAAUGACCUCACCCCUGUCUGGCCAGGCCUCCCGCCAGGAUGAAUGGGACCGGCCCCUGGACUACACCAAGCCCAGCCGCCCGCGGGAGGAGGAACCAGAGGAGUCAGAGCCAGCAGCCCAUUCUUUUGCUUCUUCUGAAGCAGAUGACCAGGAGGUGCCAGAGGAGAGCCUCGAGGAGCGCAAGUACCCGGGAGAUGUUACCCUGACCAACUUCAAGCUCAAAUUCCUCUCUAAGGACAUAAAGAAGGAGCUGCUCACCUGUCCCACGCCGGGUUGUGAUGGCAGUGGCCACAUCACCGGGAACUACGCCUCCCAUCGCAGCCUCUCUGGUUGCCCUCUUGCUGACAAGAGCCUCAGAAACCUCAUGGCUGCCCACUCUGCUGACCUCAAGUGCCCCACACCUGGUUGUGAUGGCUCUGGCCACAUCACAGGGAACUAUGCGUCACAUCGGAGCCUGUCUGGCUGCCCUCGUGCCAAGAAGAGCGGAGUGAAGGUGGUACCCAGCAAGGAUGAUAAGGAGGACCCUGAGCUGAUGAAGUGCCCAGUGCCUGGCUGUGUGGGACUUGGUCACAUCAGUGGUAAAUAUGCCUCCCACCGGAGCGCGUCUGGCUGUCCACUGGCCGCACGGAGGCAGAAGGAGGGCGCCCUCAAUGGCUCGUCCUUCUCCUGGAAGUCGCUGAAGAAUGAGGGGCCAACUUGCCCCACACCGGGUUGCGAUGGCUCCGGCCAUGCCAACGGGAGCUUCCUUACCCACCGGAGCUUGUCCGGCUGUCCCAGGGCAAGCUUUGCUGGAAAGAAGGGAAAACUCUCAGGGGACGAGGUUCUCAAUCCAAAGUUCAAAACCAGUGAUGUGCUGGACAAUGAUGACGAGAUCAAGCAGCUGAACCAGGAGAUCCGGGACCUGAACGAGUCCAAUUCGGAGAUGGAGGCCGCCAUGGUGCAGCUGCAGUCCCAGAUCUGCUCCAUGGAGAAGAGCCUGCGGACCAUCGAGGAGGAGAACAAGCUCAUUGAGGAGCAGAAUGAAGCCCUCUUCCUGGAGCUGUCUGGCCUGAGCCAGGCCCUUAUCCAGAGUCUCGCCAACAUCCGCCUCCCGCACAUGGAGCCAAUAUGUGAACAGAACUUCGAUGCCUAUGUGAACACUCUCACGGACAUGUACUCCAACCAGGAGUGCUACCAGAGCCCCGAGGACAAGCACCUCCUGGAGAGCAUCAAGCAAGCCGUGAGGGGCAUCCAGGUCUAAGCCCCCCAAGUGCAGAGGAACUGAGCAGCAGCCCCGGUGCCUGAUGGCCUCCCUGUCCCACUCCUGCUGGGGUGGCAAG